AUGCAUACUGUCUUUCGUGUCGGUGAAAUGAAGCAGACAGUCAACAACAGUCGCCUCUGGGAAGUUCAAUUAACUCUCACAGAUGAAAAUGAUCCACAACUGGCUGUCCUCACCAAAAGCAUGCGAGAGGAGACUCAAGGAUCAACGGGAUGGCAUCGAAUGGGUAAACUGAUGCUGAGAGUUGGUCAUUUCAAUCAAGCUGAAGAACUCUAUAAUGAAUUACUCAAGAACGCUUCCAAUGACAGUGAUAGAGCACAUAUCUAUCAUAUGAUAGGAAAUACGAAAGAGUAUCAAGGACAAUGCAAAGAAGCAGUUUCAUAUUUUGAGAAAUGCCUCGAAAUUAAGCGAAAAACUGUUCCGGAAGAUCAUUCUUCAUUGGCUGAUAUCUACAACAACAUCGGUGGAGUGUAUGAAAACAUGGGUGACCACUCAAAAGCACUUGAAUUUUACGAAAAAUCACAUAUAAUCCUCGAAAAAGCUAUGCCUCCGAAUCAUUCCUCAUUAGCUACUUCAUACAACAACAUCGGUUUGGUGUAUGACAACAUGGGUGACUACUCGAAAGCGCUUGAAUUUCACGACAAAGCACUUAAAAUAGACGAAAAAACUCUGCCUCCGAAUCAUCCCAAUUUGGCUGCUUCAUAUAACAACAUCGGCGAAGUGUAUAAAAACAUGGGUGACUACUCGAAAGCACUCGAAUUUUGCGACAAAGCACUUAAAAUAGACGAAAAAACUCUGCCUCCGAAUCAUCCCUCAUUGGCUACUUCAUACAACAACAUCGGUGGAGUGUAUGCCAACAUGGGUGACUACUCGAAAGCACUUGAAUUUUACGAAAAAUCACAUAUAAUCCUCGAAAAAGCUCUGCCUCCGAAUCAUCCCUAUUUGGCUGCUUCAUACAACAACAUCGGUGGAGUGUAUAAAAACACGGGCGACUACUCGAAAGCACUUGAAUUUUACGACAAAACACUUAAAAUAGAAGAAAAAACUCUGCCUCCGAAUCAUCCCUCAUCGGCUACUCCAUACAACAACAUCGGUUCUGUGUAUGACAGCAUGGGUGACUACUCGAAAGCGCUUGAAUUUUACGAUAAAGCACUUAAAAUCUGCGAAAAAGCUCUGCCUCCGAAUCAUCCUAAUUUGGCUGCUUCAUACAGCAACAUCGGCAUGGCGUAUUCCGGUACGGGUGAUUAUUCGAAAGCACUUUCAUUUUUAGAAAAGACACUUGCUAUUCGACAAAAAUCACUCCCACCAACACAUCCUCAUAUUAAAACAGUGAUAGAUAAUAUUGACUAUGUGAAAAAGAAAAUGUGA